CGCUCUGCUAGUUAACUAACUAACACACAGCUCCUAACUAUUCCUAGACUCCUUCUGACAUUGCUCCCAUUAAUGACUAGUUAUCUGCUCGAUCUAGCCGUGUCAGAUCCGUGCCCCCAAUUCCGCACUGACAAUCUUCCCUGCAUCCUUACCCCGCCGAGUUCGCUCCCUCGACAGGACUCCCACUUCACUUCACUCCUGGGAUAAACUCGCAUUUACGCUCUCAACCCCCGGCUUUCGAGUGACAAGUUACUCACAAACUUAUCCUAUCGUCAUCAGAACCCCGCAAGCGUCUAGCUUACCCAUUGGAGUUUCGGCAAGAUGAGUAGUCCAAAGCGGAGAAUUGAGACAGAUGUAUGCCCCGCGUUGAUGAGUGACUAUGAGGUGACGCUCGUCAAUGACAAUAGUAAGCAGGAAUUCUACGUCCGCUUUAAAGGUCCGGAAGAGACACCGUUUGCCGGUGGCCUCUGGAAAGUACAUGUGGAGCUCCCGGACCAGUACCCUUACAAGAGCCCGAGCAUCGGCUUCGUGAACCGUAUCUACCACCCGAAUAUCGAUGAACUGUCCGGAUCUGUUUGCCUGGACGUCAUCAAUCAAACAUGGUCGCCGAUGUAUGACAUGAUCAACAUAUUCGAGGUCUUCCUCCCACAAUUAUUGCGUUAUCCAAACCCGUCCGAUCCGCUCAACGGAGACGCUGCGGCCGUCUUAUUGCGGGACCCCAGCAAAUAUGAGGCUAAAGUCAGAGAAUAUGUGGCAAAGUACGCAAGUAAAGAUGCCGCUGACGAUGCAGGCGAGGAUACUGGUGAGGAGGACGAAAUGAGCUCAGUCGGAAGCUACGAGUCUGGCGGCGAAGAACCAGCCGGCGAGAUGGACGACGUGUGA